AAAAAACAAGUAUAUGAUUUUAUUCUCCCUCCCCUCUUUUCAUGCAAUAGAAGAAGAAGAAGAAGAGGUGCCGAUCGUACUAGGCUCGAGUCAGAGGAGAGUGGCACGAGUGUAUUAUACCGGUAAAAGUUGGCUCUCGAAAUGGGUGUUCACGACAAUGCGGACUCCAAGUACAAUGUUAUGGGUACGUCGAGUUUUUCCAAAUUAGCACCGAAACGACCGAACACUGUCGUUUUUGGGGAGAGUCCCGCCAAAGUACAGAAACACGAGGAGAGUAGUGGUUCAAGUUUUUCGAAUGUCGAGAAUACUACAGAACAAGGAACCGCCAGUGUGCAUCAACAAAGAAAAUCUCUGCCAGUUUAUCGGCUUCGUAAACGACUUUUGGAGGAGAUACGAAGAUACAGUACGUUGAUCAUUAUCGGAGAGACCGGUAGCGGCAAAACGACGCAAAUUCCACAACUGUUGCUCUCCUCCGGAAUAGCUGGUGUUAGCGGUCGCGUGGGUGUAACGCAACCACGGAGGGUCGCCGCAGUGAGCAUAGCUCGUAGAGUAGCACAGGAGCAGGGGGUAGAAACUGGUAAGCUGGUGGGUUACUGCGUACGAUUCGAGGAUGUGACGUCACCUCAAACCAGGAUCAAGUACCUGACCGACGGUAUGAUGGUACGGGAAGCAAUGACCGACGAGAUACUCUCGGAUUACUCGGUGGUGAUAUUGGACGAGGCUCACGAGAGAUCCGUUCAGACGGACGUCCUUCUAGGUGUUACCAAACGAGCGCAGAAUUUGAGGAAACUGAAGAACUUGCCGCCACUGAAAUUGCUGGUCAUGUCGGCGACGAUAGACGCCGAUAAGUUCGCCAAGUAUUUCCACGCGCCUGUCCUAUAUCUCGAGGGUCGACAGCAUCCAGUGAAGAUCUAUCAUGCUGUGAAGAGUCAAGAGGAUUAUGUUUUUUCUAGCAUGGUCACGGCUUUUCAAAUCCACCGGGAGACACCGGCCAACGAAGACAUUCUCGUGUUCUUGACCGGACAGGAAGAGAUAGAAACUGCCGUAGUUAAUGCGAAACAGGUUGCCAAACAGUUGGACGGCAAGGGAUAUCCACCGUUGAAGGUAUUUCCACUCUACUCGGCUCUACCGACUCAUCAGCAGUUGGAAGCCUUCAAGCCGGCCCCCACGGGAAUGCGAAAGCUUAUUUUCUCGACGAACGUUGCCGAGACGUCCGUUACGAUAGGUGGUAUUCGACACGUGAUCGAUACCGGCGUGGUCAAAGCAAGAACGCAUCAUCCAACGACGGGACUGGACGUUCUGAAGGUGGAACAGAUCUCAAAGGCGCAAGCUUGGCAAAGGACAGGAAGAGCCGCUCGCGAGGCACCGGGAAAAUGUUACAGGACUUAUACAAAGGACGAGUUCGAGAGGAUGAAGGAGAUGCCAGUGCCGGAGAUACAAAGGUGUUCCCUAGCUGGAGUCGCUCUUCAGCUUCUCGCCAUUGGCGUCGAUAUUACUAGCUUCGAUUUUAUGGAGAGACCACCGAAGGAGGCGGUCGACGUAGCGGUGACAUGUUUGGAAAAGCUCGCUGCCGUGAAAGGUUCUCCGCCGCAAUUGACUACUUUAGGAAGAACGAUGUCUUUGUUCCCUUUGGAUCCUCGAUUUACCAAAGUGAUUCUAGCCUCCGUAGAACAUCGAUGUCUCGAGGAAGCUCUGACGGUGGUUGCCCUCCUGUCCGGAGAAUCGAUAUUUACCGAUCCACCGGCCAAGAGACAGCAGGCUUAUGCCGCCAAGUCACGAUUCGCCUCUCCCGAGGGGGACCACGUAACCUUAUUAAAUGUUUUUCGUGGUUAUACGAGCACCGGCAGUCAGAAAAAGGUUUGGUGCCACGAGAAUUUUCUACACCAUCGGAAUUUGGAAUAUGCCACGGAGGUACGAAAGCAGCUCGCUACUUUGGCGGAACGUGCGAAUUUGGAUAAGGCCAGCUGCGGAACAAAUACGGAACAGCUUAGGAAGGCUCUUCUCGAAGGGCUAUACGAGAACCUAGCGGAAUUACAAAGGGAUAAUAACACCUACGUCACGGUAAGCUCGAAACAGCCGGUGGCUAUACAUCCAUCCUCGACGUUACACGGUACGAAACCAUCUCUGAUAUUGUUCACGGAAAUCGUUGCCACAGGCAAGUGUUACCUCCGUGAUUUGUCCGUCAUCGAGAAUUCCUGGCUGUCGGAGAAAGGAGUCGUUGCGGUUAAACACGAAUGAUCGAUUUAUAUUUUAAUCCGAUGACUUUUAUCGAUACAGUCAACAAUGAAAAGAAACGUUCCACGUAUCGAAUAAAAGUUUUAUCCAAGUUA